AAUCAGGAAGGUUCAUCCAAUGUUGAUCAAUCAUCUACAUCUAUAUCAAAGCCGAUUGGUUCUCAGAUUCCGAAAAAUGUAACAUCUUCGGAAUCACAAAUUACAAAAGGCAAGAUCACUAAGAUGACUAUUAAUAACAAUGUAAUACAAAAUUCGCAAAAAGGUCAAGUGCGAACUAUUAUGAUUUACGAUAUACCUGCGGCCUGGUCACAUGAUGCAAUCCUGGAACAUCUAAAAUCAUGGGGCCAAGUAUUGGAAAUAUCCUUUAAGACACAACACAAGUAUCAGUCCGUUUGGACAAAAAUGAAACUCAAACCAACUACAGACAAGGACUUCGUUAUGAGAACGUGGCAACAAAAAUUAGGUGAUGGUCUUGUCCGCUGGUAUCCUGGACAUUGGAAAUUAAGAGAACGUAAGGCUCGGGAACGUUUUCAAGUAAAAUUUUCUCUUCCGGAAGACUGGAAGUCUAAUCAGUUGGCAUUCAGUUAUCACGAAAAUCAAUCCUUCGAACAUAUAUUGAGUCAUGAAUUGAAGGGUCGUGCUUUUAUUCAUUUAAAGGUACAUGGGAAACAUCAGUUGAUCGCUUACUUUGAGACACACGAACACCUACUUAGAUGUAUGGAAUUUAGCCAUCAUUGGAAGCCGACCAUAUCAACUCCUCCCACAAAAAAAAUUCCUCCAAAGUCCAAUAAGGACAAAAAGACUUAUUCACAACAAAGUAAAGGGAAGAAUCUGGGCAAAUCACUCAGUUCCUCGACUAGUUCGCGCAACAAAUCCAACACUCAACAAAAGACUGAUGACAUGCGUCCUUUACUCUUAAAACUCCUAAACCUUUUGGUGUGAGGUCGUGAAUAAUCAAAUCCUAAAUAGCAUAGAAUAAGUGGCUUUAACUGUAUUACUGUCAUAACAUUUUUUUUUUAGGCGAAAUCAGUGGCGCUUAUUUCUUUUGUAGGACCCAUGAAUGAAGUUAAUUGGUGUUUAAGGUGAUUUAGGUGGUUCGGUAGGAAGGUGUUUUAUUUUUUUUUUUUUCCGUUCUUCUAUUCUAUUUUUCUUUUUUCUCGGUGUCUUUGGUUUUUUUUUAGCUCCCGCUUUUUUUCCACCCCCUUUUACUAGUCAUAUUCCUGGUCCCAGUGCGUUUUUUUUAUUAUUCAUUUUAUUUUUUUUAAUUAUGGGC